UCUUAGACAGCGUUCCUCCAGAAUCAGGCGGUCCUCGAAGCAUUGGCAUUAGCUUUCUUUACCUCCUAAAGGAAGAACUUCUCGUACUAGCGACGGAGUUCCUAAUAUUUGGUCAACGAUAUGCCGAGCUUGAUGUCAUUGGAGCAUGUCAUCAUCCCUGACCGAUGGAAUAAAUAAAUAAAUCGUUGAUUGAGAUAGGUAUAGUGGACGCAUAAUGAUCCUCAAGAUUUUCGUCACCUACUUUGAGUCAUCGAUCUUAUGAUUCACCUUCACUUCAAGCAAAAUCAACAGCGGCCUCCCGAAUCCUCCAGAGAAGGAAAAAAAAUUCUAAUCUGCUCUUGGAUAACCUUGGUAAUUCUCACAACCGUGGGAGAUUCCCGCUAUGGGGUUCCGUGGAUCUGGGAGUUCUGUUCCACCAACCUAAUCGAUAGCCCACAUUGUGUACGAGCAAAUUUGCGAACUGACCAUUAUCGCGUCUCAUAGUCGCAGCCUCCUACCCUUCCGGUCAUGUACCAUGGAUACUAAGUCGUUAGCCUAGCAGUUGAGCUAAUUCCGAGGCAACCGAUGGGGCUGCUUCUGUACAGGAUGAACUAGUGUAUGUAUGUGAUGUCAGGCAUCUCACUAUCAACUGGUCGCACAUCAUCUUUUGAUUGUCUAAACGAGACAUUCGCAAGCCAUCCACAAGGGUGUUAUGUAGGCAUCAUGCGCAGAGUAGUAAAAUUGUUUAUACAUACAUGGUGGCAGGGUAUCAAGCGGCAGAAGAGGGAAAAAGA